AGAACAAUGUCCAACCAGUUUCCAUCGCUUAAGCGCACCCAAACGGAUCUCCCGAUACAUUCGGCGAGUCCUCUGCGACACGGAUCAACUGCGUCGACGAAUUCCUCCGCUUACUCGGUCGCUUCCGGCUCGUUUACACCCAGUCGGACCAGCACCGUCUCAUCGAAUGCGUCUAUCAAAAGUAACCUAGGUCACUUCCGCGGCAAGAGCGAAACAAGCGCAUCGACGAUGAAGCCUGGCGGUGACAAGAACUGGGCCGACGCUGGAUCAACGUACGACAGUAUCAGGCAGUCUCUGAGACCACUUCAACAACCACCAAAUCCCACUCAGGUACCUCCCAAACCGCAGACCUACCGACAUGCGCGGAGCUACACGAUCGAUGAGGGACGGUCUCCCAAAGGGCAUCGAACUGGUACCCCGGAGACAUCACGGGUUCAUUUCAAGGAGAAUGAAUCACCCCAUCACAGAGCACCAGUAUUCAAAGCACAAACGCCACCGAGAGGGAUGGUAGCUCCUGCGUUGUCUCCCAAUACCACCCCGGGGUCCUCUCGCCCUUCGUCUCCUCAAAAAACCCUCUCUAACAGUCCGCAUCCUCCACCGUUAACUACUGCAUUGUCCGCUCCGGAGCUGGAAAAAUUCCAGAAGUCCUCCACACGCCACUUGCGAACACUGUCCAAAAUCGCACAGUCAGGCGAUACCGAUGAAUUCCAGUUUGGAGGGACAAGUCAGUCGGUUGUGGGAAUGCAGGGACGUCGGCGCCUGAAGCGCGCAGAUUCAAUUGCUAGUGGGCGGACGGGCGCAGUCUCACCGGAGAAGCCCAAGGUGUCAUCUUGGACCGCCGGAAGCUGGAUGGAUCAACAACGACAGUUCUUGCAGGCGUACGAGUACCUGUGUCACAUUGGUGAAGCUAAAGAGUGGAUCGAGAGUGUGAUCAACAAGGAGAUUCCGCCUAUUGUUCGACUCGAAGAAGCUCUUCGGGAUGGUGUCACUCUUGCAGAGGUUGUCCAAGCGAUGUAUCCUGAUCGGGUUUUGCGGAUCUUUCGGCACGCAAAGCUUCAAUACCGCCAUUCAGAUAAUAUUGCCCUGUUCUUCAGAUUCCUUGAUGAUGUGGAGCUGCCAGAGCUAUUCCGUUUUGAGCUCAUCGACCUUUACGAAAAGAAGAAUAUACCGAAAGUCAUCCACUGUAUCCAUGCUCUGUCUUGGUUGUUGUUCAAGAACGGCAUGCUGGAUUUCCGAAUGGGCAAUCUGGUUGGUCAGCUAGAAUUCGAGCACCACGAACUCGAACAAACCCAGAAGGGUCUUGACAAAUCUGGUGUCAGCAUGCCCAGCUUUGCUGGUAUGGCUGCAAACUUCGGGGCCGAGCCGGAGCCUGAACCAGAACCUGUCGAGUCGGAAGAAGAGCGCAUUGAUCGAGAGCUCCAUGAGAAUGAGCAGUCGAUUGUCGACUUCCAAGCUCAAAUCAAAGGUGCAAUGCUGCGACUCAAACUUGGUACAAUGAUGAAUGAUCUAUGGGACUUUGAGCCUUUGUUGGUCGAGUUGCAAUCACGGCUGCGCGGAGAUUGGGCUCGGCAGAUUAGCCAGUACCGCCUAAGCAUGCGUCAAUUUGCAGUCCAGCUGCAGGCUCUCAGUCGUGGAUACAUUGCGCGCCGCCGUCAAAUGAGUGACAAGACAUUACGAGACACCCAGGCCACAGCUUUCCUCCAGCUGCAAAGUCUGAUUCGAGGUUCAAAGGUGCGAGCAGACGCGAAAUUACUGCAAACACAUGCUCAACGCCAAGAAUCCGGCAUCAAGGAGUUUCAGGCUGCUAUACGUGGUGCCUUGCAACGUAAGGCAGUCUCCGAGCGUUAUGAACAAACCCAUAAUGCCGAAGAGGACGUCUUGAAGCUCCAGGCCAUUAUUCGAGGUGCUUUACAGCGCAAAAGCCUUGCUGUUCAAUCGCAAGAAGUACAGCAAAGCACUUCGCCUAUCCAAUCGUUGCAGUCGGUUGUUCGAGGUAACCUUGCUCGACAGCACUUGGCACAGAUUAAGUCAUCUCUCAGCACCGAAGCAGAUGCGAUUACCUCCCUUCAAUCAAUAGCAAGAGCCAUAGCAACCAAGGACCGUCAGAACCUGCUCCUGCAGGCUCUGGCUGACACGAAUGAUCAAUGCACAAUCUUGCAGGCUAUGAUAAGAGGCGCGGAUGCACGCCAGAGUACGUCAGCCCUUCGCUCUGCGUUGUCCGAACAUAGCGCUGCUAUUGUAGAUCUACAGAGUAUCAUGAGACAGAAGGCCGUGAGAAAGGCGCUUGAUGCUCAAUUGAGCUCUCUGCAAAAGGAAGAGAACAUGAUCUUGGAUUUGCAGUCAUCGAUCAGGGGUCUUUUGGAGAGACGGAGCCUGGCUCGACUCCAGAGUGCCCUCCAAUCUCACAACGCUGAAGUUGUCGGUCUUCAGUCCCUUGCGCGCGCUGCAAUCGAGCGUAUUCGCGUAGGACACAUCCUGUCGCAAGUCGAGGAUACUGAGGAGGAAGUUGUUCAACUUCAGGCACUGUCACGAGCCAUGCUUGUUCGAAUCCAUGUUGGUCAAGCUUUGGCCGAGCUUGAGGAUGAAGAAGAAUUCAUUGUUGAUCUACAAGCCUGCAUCAGGGGUUCCAUGGUCCGCACUCGCUUCGAGGAGCGGCGUCGUCACUACAAUGAAAACAUGGAGAAAGUCAUCAAGGCACAGAGCGUGAUCCGAGCUCGCAUUCAAGGUCAAGCCUACAAGAGUCUGACUAGCGGUAAAAACCCGCCUGUCGGUACUGUCAAAGGCUUUGUGCAUCUCCUUAAUGACAGCGACUUUGAUUUUGACGAGGAAAUUGAAUUUGAGCGGCUGCGGAAGGUUGUCGUUCAACAAGUUCGACAAAACGAGCUGGCUGAACAGUACAUCAGCCAGCUCGAUAUCAAGAUUGCUCUGCUCGUCAAGAACAAGAUCACGCUUGACGAAGUUGUCAAGCAUCAGAAACACUUCGGCGGACACAUUGGCAACCUUCUGUCCAAUACCGACAUCUCCUCCAAAGAUCCCUAUGAUCUCAAAGCUCUGAACAAGACGUCGAGAAGAAAGCUUGAUCAGUAUCAAGUGUUCUUCUUCUUACUCCAGACUCAGUCGCAGUACCUGGCGCGUCUGUUCCGCCGUUUACGAGAGCUCAACACUUCUGACAAAGAAUACGAACGCAUACGGCAUUUGAUGAUGGGUCUGUUCGGAUAUUCUCAGAAGAGGCGAGAAGAAUACUACCUUAUUAAGCUCAUAUCUCGUUCGGUGAAGGAAGAUAUCGAAACAUUUGCCACACUGCCGGAGUAUCUGCGCUCACACGCGUUUUGGAACAAGCUUUUUGCCUCAUACGCCAAAUCCCCUCGUGAUCGGAAAUUCAUGCGUGACGUCUGGGGUACGGUUGUCAAAGAGUCUGUGAUCAACAACGCAGAGCUUGAUUUGGAGAGCGACCCCAUUCAGAUCUAUCGGUCUUCGAUUAACAACGAAGAACUUCGAACAGGCCAACGGAGUCGGCGACGACCGGACCUUCCUCGAGAGGAAGCCAUCAGGGACCCGGAAACUCGUGAGACGUUUAUUCAACACUUACAGGACUUGCGUGACAUCGCCGAUCAGUUCUUCGCGGCCUUUGAAGACUUCCUGUAUCGCAUGCCCUUUGGUACAAGAUACUUGGCACAGCAAAUGUACGAGAGUUUGCUCUCAAGAUUCCCUAAUGAGGAUCCUGGAUAUGUCCUGCAGACUGUUGGGCUUUGGACCUGGAAGAACUACUUUCAGCCUGCUCUGCUGGAGCCAGAGAAGUAUGGAGUUGUAGACAGGGGUUUGACGCAAGAACAGAAGAGAAAUCUUGGUGAAAUUGCGAAAGUUGUCGCGCAAGUGGCGUCUGGAAGGCUCUUUGGGGCUGAGAACGUCUAUCUUCAACCAUUGAACUCAUACAUCGGUGAAUCAAUACAGCGACUUGGGCAAAUUUGGGGUCAAAUGGUCUCGGUGCAAGAUGCUGAGGCAUACUUUGAUAUUGACGAGUUUAACGAUCUUUACGCAAAGGCGAAGCCUACGCUAUACAUCAAGAUGUCCGACAUUUUCUCCAUUCAUCAACUUGUGGCGUCUCAAAUUGAUGUGAUCUGUCCGCACCCGGAUGAUUUCCUCAAACAGCUCGUGCGUGAUCUUGGAAAUGUGAAGACCAAUGAAAACGAGUUGAUGGGUGUGAGCUCAACUGAAAUUAACUUGACACUCAACCCGAAGCUCGCUCAGACCGAAGAGCUUGCUACAGAUCCCGAGGCCGACAUCAAAACCUUGUUCAUGGAGACAAAGAGAUGCAUACUUUACAUUAUUCGAGUCCAGACAGGCGCGAAUCUCCUAGAUAUCAUGCUCAAGCCUCCAAGCGUUGAAGAUGAGGAACGUUGGCACACUUUGGUGCGGGAGGAGCUCAGCUCAAGCAAUUCUCGUCGUGGAGCCUAUUCGGAAGCCACGACGCUCAUCGACAUUGGGUCUAUGAACUACACCGAGCUCAAGGGCAUUGCGCUUGAGAACAUCCUUCGACUCGAGCAAGCUGGCAAAAUCAGCCGACACAACCACUACCAAGACCUUCUCAAUGCCAUUGCGAGCGAUAUUCGGACAAAACAUCGCCGUCGAGUCCAGCGCGAGCGUGAGCUGGAAGGUGCGCGGUUGACCUCGGCUCGCCUCAGUGAUCAGGCGAUCUAUUUGGAUCAGCAGCUCAAAACUUACAAUGACUACAUUGAACAAGCCAUGAUGACUCUGCAGAACAAGAAGGGGAAGAAACGUUUCCUAAUGCCAUUUACCAAGCAGUGGGACCACCAGCGUGAGCUACAAAAAUCAGGCAAGGUCUUCAAGUUCGGCUCGUAUAAGUACUCGGCACGAACGUUGGCUGAACGAGGUGUUCUUGUCGCCUGGAAGGGGUACUCUGAGCGACAGUAUGAUCGAGUCGACCUGACUAUUUCGAGCAAUGAAGUCGGAGUGUUUACCAUCGAUGGAAGCACCGGCAACAUGAUGGUUCCUGGCGCUAAUGCCCAAGUACCCCUUGACGAUCUGUUGCAAGCCCAAUUCAACAAUACGCAGUUCAUGGAUUUCUUCGAUGGGCAAAUGAGAGUCAAUGUGAACCUCUUCCUGCAUCUGAUCAUGAAGAAGUUUUACAACGAAUAA